GGCCUCCCCUCGCCUCGCCCCCUAUUAAACCACCGAGCUGGGCGCCUCCCCGUGGCGCUCGCGGCCGCAUUAGCGCGGAUUGAGAGAGACAAGAGAGAGAAGGGGGGGCGGCUCGCCGGCCUCAAGCCCUUGUUCCCUUCUCCCUCCGUCGCCUCCUUCUUGCUCCGCCUCGUGGGAGCCGCUCCUCCCGUCCGGUAUGGAGACCUCGGCGCUGCCCAAUGCCGCCGCGCCGCCGGUGCGGGAGCCGGCGCAGCCUCGGCGGCGGCUUCCGGACUUCCAGCAGUCGGUGCGGCUCAAGUACGUGAAACUGGGAUACCACUACCUCAUCUCCCACGGCAUGUACCUGCUGCUGUCGCCGCUCAUGGCGCUCGUCGCGGUACAGCUCUCCACCGUCUCCCCGCGCGACCUAGCCGACCUGUGGGAGCAGCUCCGCUUCAACCUCCUCUCGGUGGUCGCCUGCUCCACCCUCCUCGUGUUCCUCUCCACCUUCUACUUCCUCACCCGCCCGCGCCCCGUCUACCUGCUUGACUUCGCCUGCUACAAGCCGGAGCCGGAGCGCAAGUGCACGCGCGAGACCUUCAUGCACUGCUCCAAGCUCACCGGCUCCUUCACCGACGAGAACCUCGACUUCCAGCGCAAGAUCCUCGAGCGCUCCGGCCUUGGCGAGGACACCUACCUUCCCCCCGCCGUGCUCCAGGUGCCACCCAACCCGUGCAUGGACGAGGCACGCAAGGAGGCGCGCACCGUCAUGUUCGGCGCCAUCGACCAGCUGCUCGAGAAGACUGGAGUCAGGCCCAAGGACAUUGGCGUCCUUGUCGUCAAUUGCAGCUUGUUCAACCCGACGCCAUCGCUCUCUGCGAUGGUGGUGAACCAUUACAAGCUGAGGGGGAACAUUGUCAGCUACAACCUCGGCGGGAUGGGGUGCAGCGCCGGGCUGCUGUCCAUUGACCUCGCCAAGGAUCUGCUGCAGGUGCACCCCAACUCGUACGCGCUGGUGAUCAGCAUGGAGAACAUCACGCUGAAUUGGUACUUCGGGAACAACCGGUCGAUGCUCGUGUCGAAUUGCUUGUUCCGGAUGGGCGGCGCGGCCAUCCUCCUCUCGAACAAGAGGUCUGACAGGCGGAGGUCCAAGUACGAGCUGGUGCACACGGUUCGCACGCACAAGGGUGCGGACGACAGGUGCUUUGGCUGCGUGACGCAGGAGGAGGACGAGAUUGGCAAGAUCGGGGUGUCGCUGUCCAAGGACCUCAUGGCGGUCGCCGGAGACGCGCUCAAGACCAACAUCACCACCCUUGGUCCGCUGGUGCUCCCGUUUUCGGAGCAGCUGCUCUUCAUGGUCACAUUGGUUGCCAAGAAGGCCUUCAAGAUGAAGAUCAAGCCGUACAUCCCAGACUUCAAGCUGGCUUUUGAGCACUUCUGCAUCCACGCUGGUGGCCGUGCUGUGCUUGACGAGCUGGAGAAGAACCUGGAGCUCACUGACUGGCACAUGGAGCCAUCGAGGAUGACCCUGUACAGGUUUGGCAACACGUCGAGCAGCUCACUCUGGUACGAGCUGGCGUACUCCGAGGCGAAGGGGAGGAUCAGGAAGCGCGAUAGGAUCUGGCAGAUUGCGUUCGGGUCCGGGUUCAAGUGCAACAGCGCGGUCUGGAAGGCGCUCCGGACUGUGAACCCAGCGAAGGAGAAGAACCCAUGGAUGGAUGAGAUUGACAACUUCCCAGUUGAUGUUCCAAAGAUUUCAAAGGUUGGGAACGCAUGAAGACUGCGUAUGUCUCAGGUGACAAGUGUAGUUGGGUGAUUGGCAGUGGCAGGGCGGAGGUCUCUUCUUCCGAUUCCGUCGUUUGCGCCUUCACUUCUUGUUUUCAGUUGUAGCAUCUGUGAGCGAACUUAGAUGAUUUGAUCAGGUAGAAAGGGUGUGUUUCCGUCGCUAGGGUGGUCUGAAUGUCUGAUAUGUGCUAUUUAUUCAGAUUGGGGAAAGCAAUUGGUGUUCCAUAUCACAUUCGUCUUUGCCUGAUUGAGGUGUACCAAUUGCAGGCCAAUUGGAACCUGAAUCUCCCUAUUCAAUUGAUUGGUUUCAUUCUA